AUGGAUGUAACGCCAUUCCCUGCAUGGUCGUGGUCUGUGGAGCAGUGUUUGAAAGAGUACAAGGUGAAACUAGACAAGGGUCUAAGCUCUUAUGAUGUUGAGAAGAGGCGAGAGAGGUAUGGUUGGAAUGAGCUUAAGAAAGAAAAGGGAAAGCCCCUGUGGCGGCUUGUUCUAGAACAGUUUGAUAAUAUGCUUGUCAAGAUCCUCCUUAUGGCAGCCUGCAUAUCAUUCACUCUAGCUUACUUGCAUGGAAAUGAAAAUGGGGAGUCCUUAAUGCCAUUGUGGGAGUUUGGCAAAAGAGUAAUGCUAAGAAGGCACUUGAAAGCCCUCAAGGAGGUGCAAUGUGACUCGAGCAAGGUUGUAAGGGAUGGAUAUCUUGUGCUAGAUUUGCCAGCAAGAGAGCUCGUACCAGGGGAUAUUGUUGAAUUAUGGGUUGGUGACAAAGCCCGGCUGACAGCUUUCUACAUGCAGUUAGUUGCUCUUGCCAAGACAUGCACCAGGAUGCUGCUGACAUGUUGA